GCGCGCUUAAAUGAAACGCGUUUGUUUGUUUAUAUUGCAGCCAAAAUCAUUUGCCUAUACAAAUUUUUAAUUUUAUGUAUAUUUUAAUUCUAAAUUUUUUAUAGUUUUUAUAAUUGCCAAAUAAUAUGGGGAAACCUAGGUCAGGAAGUGUAAAAACGCCUAGAAAAUUGAGUGUGAAAAAAGCGACACCUAAGAAAUCAUAUAGGUCUAAAGAGGAUAUUAUACGUGCUCCUAUGAAACCAAAUACUUCUUUAUCUGAACCUUGUGAAGAAUAUCAACCGUCGUCUGGUUUGUUUGGAGAACAAGAUGUGGAAGGAAAAGAAAUAUUUAAAGUUACUCCAUUGAAACAUAAAUCUGUUAAAACUAGCGUAGAGUCACCAUCUACUGGGAAGUUAUCUGAACAGUUGUCAAAAAUAACUUUUGCUUCUCCUAAUGCAAAAAUCUCUUCACCAUUGCCAAAAGAAUCUGGUGUUGUAGCUGAUAUGUCUAAACGACUAUUAUCAUUGAAAAAUGAGUUUAAUGGUUCACAGAAUAAAGGAAGUCCUGAUGCACAAAGACCAUUAUCAAAACGUCUGAGAAUGAAAAGAGAACUUGCUAAAUUGAAGAGUUCAUAUAUAGAAUCAGAUCUUGAAGACAGUGAUGAAGUUCCUUCCAGUGAUGAUUCAGAGAAUGAAGAGCAGAAGAAAUUUUUCAGCAAGACACCUAAAAAGAACAAAAGCAGUUCUGCUGCUACAUUUUCAGAGACCUACUUUUCUGCCCAAAAAGAGAAAGGAAGCUCAACUUCAAAUCGCACUCUAGCCAAUUUGAAAUUAGAAAAAACAAAUAUUGAUGAAUUGCAAAAAAUUCUAAUAAACAUUCCUGAUCCACAUAAAAAAGAAAAAGAAGCUUUAUUUAAAAUUUAUCAAUCUCAGUUUGAAAAAUGGACUUUUUUGUUACACGAAGGAUUCAAUAUUUUACUAUAUGGUGUUGGCUCCAAGCGAAAUAUUUUGAAUUCGUUUUGCAAGGAAUGUUUGUCAGAUUCUUUAUUUGUUGUUGUUAAUGGCUUUUUUCCAUCCCUUACUGCAAAGCAAGUUUUGUCAUCCAUUACUGAAGGUGCUUUAGAAUAUGAUGGGAAGUUUUCUAGUAACUAUGAACAUACUGAAUAUAUAAAGAAGCAUUUUUCAGAAGGGAAAGAUGCACUCUACCUAAUAAUUCACAACCUAGAUGGAAUAUCUCUACGGAAUACCAAAACACAAUCAUUGCUUUCUUCAUUAGCAACUGUUCCUAAUAUUCAUUUUCUUGCCAGUAUAGAUCAUAUAAAUGCUCCUUUAAUGUGGGAUCAAAUAAUGUUGAAUAAUUUCAAGUGGGUAUGGUUUGAUGUGACUACAUUUGAACCUUAUAUCCUGGAAACCUCCUAUGAGAAUUCUAUCUUCAAACACAAGUCAUCACAUCUUUUACUUAGUUCUCUCUUAAAUGUUUAUAAUGGAUUGAAUUCAAAUGGACAAGGAGUAUUUAAAAUUCUUGCCCAACAUCAAUUUGAACAAAAGGAUCAGUCAUUUUUAGGAAUUUCAUUUCAUGAAUGGUAUCAGGAAUGUAGGGAUGCUUUUUUGGUCACCAGUGAAGUAACAAUGCAAGCUCAACUCUCUGAAUUUAAAAAUCAUAAGUUACUAUCUUCUCGUAAAUCUGUGGAAGGUUGUGAGCUUUGGUACAUUCCUGUUGAUGCUGUAACUUUGGAACAGUUUUUAGAGAGUUGCAAAUGAAUGUAUUUAUAUUUUGAUAUAUUUUGUAUAAAAAUAUCUUAGUGGUUUGUAAA